AUGUUUCAACCAAGCAAUGCUUCAAAAAAAAAUCCGCUCUCAAAUCGACCUUUUGCAGCUGAGCAGGGAUUGCAAGGAUUGCAUACCUUUCCAAUACAUCCAAUAGGAAGGUUUAAUGGCGCAUGUGCAAGUUACAAGCAGCCUGUAGAAAUAAUGAGCUUCAGCUAUGACGACGAAAGGAAUUUGCAUAUGGAUGAUAGAGAAUUGAAAUAUUAUUAUCCUCCGGAUUUGAAUAAUUGUGAUCUUUCUCAUGGUUACGAGACAUAUGUGCAAAGAGAAAACAGUGGUCCGGAGCCAAUUCAUUCAUUAUUGGACGCAUUGGCGCAUGCAAAAAAAUUAUACGAAGAUCAGAAUCUAAUGAGAACUGAUUUGGUUUCCUGGAGAGGAGUCUUCACAAAAAUCCUAUGCACGCCUUACAAUAGGAAUGAACCUUGGGAACUGGGUGCUACAUUAUGGAAUAUUAUUGUCGGAUUUAGAGAUGACAAUGGGUUCGUUAAGGAGAUACAAGAACUCAAGACAUUGGAAAUUCCUAGAAUGGUCCGAGGAAAAAAUGGGAUGUGGGAUGCCACUAUUUGUCUAAAUUUUGCCAACGAGUUCUUCGAUUGGCUGAAAACUAUUAUCGUUAAAAAUGACCCAAGAUCAUCAUAUACCAUAACAUACAAAUACCCAUUUAAAAGUAUUCAGGUAAUGUUUGCUGGCGCAGAAAAUCCAGUAUUGGCCGAGAGACACCUCGAAUCCUUGAAAAGUGAUUCCUAA